AUGAAUCCGCAACACGCGUCUGCAUGUGUUUGUUACUCAGGUCAUGGGUUAGAGAACGCAAGGGUUCGGGUGAGGAGCGGAGAGCCGCUGACGGAGGGGGCGGAGCUAAACAGCACCCUGGCGCUGGGGGCGGAGCUUCAGGAAGUGGAGAAUCAGGUGUUUGAUCCUGAGAAAGCCGUGAGAGCGAAAUUACAGAGUUCAAGCCUCACAAAGAACCACAUCAGCAGCAAAGCAGCAGAGGGCCUGAAUUUCCCUCGCUCUCAGCUCCUGUACCGGGAUUUAGUCAGCGUCAGCCAAUCACGCGAGCAGCUCAUCAGCCAGGCCCUGAAGGAUAGGCCAGCACUGGCCCCGCCCACCGCCACACUGACCAAUAAGGUCAGAGUUGCGUCUGUGUCAUGUUAA